UGCUCAUGAGCUGAGGUAUCGAUUCUCCUCACUAAUAUAUUAACCAUUAUGACUCGAAAUAAAAGUAAAGUAGAUAAAAAUAAAGGUGAAGAAGAGAAAAAGAGCAGCAAUAAAGAGAAAAAGUCUGAAGGGUGUGACAAGACCAGUCAAGUGAGACAAUGGGAAGCCGCCCGCCGCCACCGCUUCAAUACUAUUUUAGAGAAGCUGCGACUAGCACUACCAGACUGCGGACCCAGAGCAAAAGCAGAGAUCAUCCAGACUGCCAUUGAUUAUAUCCAAGACUGUAAAGCACUGAAAGAGAGCGUAUUAGCUGGUAAUGAAUCACAAGAGCUGAAGAAGGAAGUUAAGCGGCUGAUGAAGCAGGUGACAGCACUGAAGCAACGAAAUGCUUUGUUGGUGAAAUUAUUGCAAGAAACUGGACUUCGGUUUGAAGCCGAUGAUGGAAAUGUAGAAAUUAUUUACACUAUCCCAGGUAAAGUGUCACACAUGGUACUGAUAAUUAAUCCAGUAUUUUAUUUCAGCCAGUUCAGUGAGUCAUAUUGCUGAUGCAUGUAUUUUAUUUUAGUUAAAGAGGUAACUGUAUCAAUGCAAUAUUUGUGAUAAUAUGGGAAAGCAGAUUCAUGUUUGAUGGAGUUUAAUUGUGAAUAAAGAAUAAAAAGUCACAAUACUGUGACUGGAACAGUGCA